AUGUAUAAGGACAGUACUUGCUUUGAUCCCACCACUGUGCAAGAAGCGCUAGCUGAGGAUGGUUUCUCUCAAACCCAUGUGCCAAACUGCACCCCUUGCUUUGAUCCCACCAGGGUGGCCUCGAAUGUUUUCUAUGACCCAUUGCUACCUUUGAACCUUCCACCACAGCCUCCAACGUUUAGGGAGUUGCUUCAGUCUUUACCCCAUGGUAUUAACUUCACAGACUCAAGAAUUGGUUCUUUGUUCAAUGGGAUGGUGGAUGAGAGAGAAGCAAGUGGAGGUGUGUACCAAUAUGGGGAUGGGAGGCAUUUUGACAGUGGAGUUCUGCAGUUCUCGAGGGAUAUGAAAGGGAGAGAUGGCAAAGAGCUACCAAACACUGUCACUGAGAGACAAAGGGGAGAGAACUUGAAUGACUUUGUCACUGAGAGACAAAGGAGAGAGAACUUGAAUGACAAGUACAAAGCUUUGAGGAAUUUGGUUCCCAACCCCACCAAGGGGAGAACAACCAAGAAUGAUAGAGCAUCAAUAGUGGAAGACGCAAUAGAAUACAUCAAAGAACUCCUAAGAACAGUCAAUGAGCUCAAGAUUCUGGUGGAGAAGAAGAGAUGUGCCAGAGAGAGGAUCAAGAGGCACAAGACAGAGGAUGAAACAGCGGAUGUAGAGAGUACUAACACAAUGCCUCUUGGUGCUCAAGACCAGUCCAACAAUGGCUCAUCACUAAGGAGCUCAUGGCUUCAGAGGAAGCUCAAGAACACCGAGGUUGUUGUUCGUAUCAUCGAUGAUGAAGUGACCAUCAAAUUAGUUCAGCAGAAGAGGAUCAAUUGUCUGCUGUUUGUGUCGAAGGCACUCGAUGAUCUUCAGUUGGAUCUCUACCAUGUUGCUGGUGGACUUACUGGUAAUAACUACAGAUUUCUCUUCAAUGCCAGGAUUCUUGAAGGUUCAUCUGUGUAUGCCAGUGCAAUAGCCAACAAACUGAUUAAGGUUGUUGAUAGACAGUAUGCAGCUAUACCACCAACUAGUAGCUAUUAG